GUCCUGUCGUCCUGUCGCUCACUCUUCCGCAGAAACAAAGAAACAAUUAAAGUGCAGACCGCAAGGCGGAAGGAAGUGCAUACCACAAGUGAUCCCCCUGCCCCAGCGCCAAGUUGCAUGUUGGAUUGUGCCACAAACUUUUUGCCAAGUUACCCCCAAUGCCCCAUGCUGGCUCCUUCGCCUGUGUAAAAUGAAAGCAGACAACUUCUUCAAGUACGGCACCCCUUUGUACCAACCGAAAAGUACCCGGACCCACUCGCACUUGCACUCGCAGUCGCAGUCACAGAACCAACCGCAAACCCACGUCGGCAACAUCGGCCAUCUGACAUCGUCCUCGCUGCUGACGAGCGACGACCUGCGUCAUCUCACCCAGCAGCGCUGCACAGGAUAUUCGGACAGGGAGAGCAUCGCCAGCGUGAGCAGUGCGGGUGGCCGGAUUAAGAGGCGAUCGAGAAACUUCCCCAUGAAGUCCUCGAAGGGGGGCAUCAGUAAGAAGAGCAAGACCAUGGAUUAUACCAACUACGCCUACAACGAGGCUGUGGGCCGUUUAAAGGUAAUGCUGGCUGACAACUCCUACGUGGCCCCCAAAUUGGGAGGAGGAGGUGUGUCUUCCUACUUGCGCAACUUCAAUGAGGAUUCCGGGGACAACUUUUCCGACAAUCUAUCGGUCAUUGAGCGUCCCGUCUUCUCGGACAUUUCCAAGUACUUGUCGCCCAGCCAGAAGUCGCGGAUUAGCUCGUAUCGCCCCAAGAAGAGCUACACCUCGGGGUAUCUCUCGGCUUCCAAGGAGAACCUGGCUUCCACUCCAGCUCUCUACCCAAGCAGCUCCGUUCCGGCUGCUCCUCUUCCCGCGGAUAGUGUCCCGGCUCCUGUGGAGAUCUUUAGCUUUAUCGAGAAGCAAGAGGACUACAUUGAGCAGCUGGAAAAGGAGUCCAAGUACUGUCGCAAUGAGCUGAGCAAUCUGUUGGGCAAAGUCAAAGAUGUGAUCAAUGAGAACGAACAGCUGACGGAGAACGCUCGUUCCGAGAUGGUGGCUCUUGGCUCGGGGAAGUCCCAGCCACCGAUGGCCACCACUAGCCCAUCCUCGGAUAGUGAUGAGCACUUGGUGUUCGCCAGUGGCCGCAAGACACCAUCGACGCCGCGGAAGAGUGCCUGCAAGGGACAGGUGCAGAGUCCCCGCUAUGCGAGUGCUCCCAAUAUCGUUUACGAGGCCAGGAUUAGCGAACUGGAAGCCGAGUUGAUGCAGGCCAGCAUCGAUCUAAGACGCCUGCGAACUGAAAACGAGGAGCUCAAGCGGAAACUGGCCCACACCGAUCCUCUAUCGACGGUGGCCACCCUAACUGGAGGCUCCAAUUGCGAAUUGCACCGCAAACAGCUGGAGAGCCUGCAGCAGGAUAAGCAAACACUAGAAGAGAGUGUUCGCCACCUGCAGAGACUGCUGGACGAGGCCAAGGCCCAGGGCCAGGGAAGUGCCUCCUCCAAGCGGUACAUCAGCGAUCUGGUGCAGAUGGAGCGGUCGCAGGCGGAGCUGGAGGUGCGCCAUCUCCGGGAUGAGUUGGAUCGCCAGCACGAGCGGGUCAGGGAGCUGCAGCACGAGAUGGCCAGGCGACUGGCCGAGGAGCGGGCCAGUGCCGAGAGGCGCUACAACAGCCAGGUGGAUCAGCUGGGCGGAGAUCUCAGCUGCCAGUGGGAGCAGGUGGCCAAGCUGCAGUUGGAUCUGGAGCGCCAGAAGCGCUAUGAAACCGAUCUCAAGCGGGAUGUGGCCAGUCGCAAUUCGCAGAUCGAGGAGCUCAAAAUGGAGUUAAGGGCCAAUAGGACCACCUUCCUGGCGGACAUGGCGCAGGUGAAUGCGGAGAAGCAAUCCCUGGAGCAGGACAUCACCUCGCUGCGCCUCCAAUUGGACCGGGCUGCCAGGGAAACCAAAACGGAGGCAGCUCGCCUCACUGCCGAGAUUAACUCCUUGCGCCAGCGACUGGAUCGAGGGGAUGCGGAUCUUUUGCACUCCAAACGGGAGGUUCUGCGGCUAAACGACGAGAUAGCAAACCUGGAAAAGGAGCUUGCUUAUGGAGAGCUGAAGAACGAGAUACGACCCACCAAAAAAGACCUGGACAAGCGGAUCUCAGAGAUGCAGGAUAAGCAUGCGGGAACGGUAAAUGAGCUUGAGGAAAUGAUAACAUCUCAGAAGCAACUCAUGGAUAAACUGACGAACGAGUGUAAGACCUUAACGGGCAAAUUAGAGGAUACGACCUACAAGCACAAUCUAGAGAAGCAGCAGCUCCGUGCCACAAACGAGCAGCUGAUGUCACGCCUCAGACAGAUCUGGGGCAAAUACAAAUCACAACUGCCAAUGCACCAAGGAUCCCCCGAGCCGAGCUCCGAGAACAUGAGGAUCGAGCACCCAUUAGAACCCUUGUCGCCGCUUACGACUACCAGGCAGCGACAUAUGGCACCCCAAUCGAACCCAUACAAAGCACCCCACAACCACACAACAGCGCCGGCAAUGACGACGACUACACGCCCGGCGGGAUUGGCCUGGCCGAUGGAGCCACUGCAUCCGCCUCUGCAGCAGCCACCGCAGCAGCCAGCAUUGCCGCAGGAGCAGCUGCAGCGGGAGCAGGAUCGGGAGCGGGAUCAGGAGCCACGGGUCGCAAGAGCAGCAUCGCCGACUAUGGACUCCAGGAUAACGAUGACGAGAAUCUCAAGGACAACCUUGGCCUGGGCGAGAAGCAGCAACAACAGCAGCAGGACCUGGACAGACAACGCGAGCGGGAGGAGCGCGACCGGGAGCUCCAACAACUGCGGGAGCAGCGGGAAAAACGCGAGCGGGACCGGGAGCGGGAACGCGAGCAGGCCGAGCAGCAGCAGGCGGAGCAGCAACAGCAACAGCAACAGUUGCAGCCACAGCAGCAACAACCCCUGGCCGAGAGCAACAUUGCCAACGCCGGCAGCGCCAAUCUGGCCGCCUACAACACCGACUACAGUGCCUACGAUCAGCAGCAGUACGACGCCAGUGCCUACGAUCCCAGCACCUAUGGCCAGCAGCAAUACGAGGGGCAGCAGUACGAAUACGGCGAUGCCGGGGCCGGCUACGACUACGGAGCUGCUGACUAUGGACAGUCUGGAUACCAGUAUGACGCCGCGCCAGGAGGCACCACUGCCAGCCAGCCACAGCCCCAGUCUCAGUACCAUGCGCCAGCUGCCCCCCAGCGAGUGGCCACGGACUACAACAGAUCGCCACCGCCGUUGGCAGCGGCGACAGCGGGCAUCACGUCCCCGCCAGCAACAACAGGAGCAGCAGCAACACCAGCCACACCAGCAGCAACAUCCGCAGGAGCCGGAGCCGGAGCAGGAGCUGCCGUAUCCGGAACGGGCCGACCACAAUCGCGCCCGGGCAGUGGAGCUGUGGGGUCAGCAGCUGCUGCUGGAGCAAUCGCCGGCGGAAAAUCCGCUGUGCCACAACAGCCUGCCGCGUCAGCCGCCGGCAAGAAGUAGCUGGAGUCCCGACUGCGAGUAUCGCCUGGCGCUGGAGUGCUCCAUCAGUAGUCCCAGCCUGAUGCGUUCGUCCAACGAUGAGACCUGCUCAGAGCUGGCCGAUCUCAGCGAGACCUUCUUGGUCCUGGUCGACGGUUCGGAGGAGGAGAGCUUGUCCCCGGCCCACACCACCAUCAUCACGGCCAGGAGAUCGAGUGCCCCGGCCGUGGUCCAGCAGGCGGACAUUGCCAACGAAACAGUCACCAUCGAGCGCCAUCUAGAUGCCCACGAAUAGGGGUCAGCACCGAGUUCUCCAGCAACAGUUUCUUCUUCAGUCAACAUACGUACUUCUACUCAUGUGUUCCAGGAUUAAUCACUGAAAGGAAAUUCAUGUUUUUUAACUAAUAAACCAAUUAGAAAUCGA